GGUCUCCCCUGCCCUUCCUUCCCCUUUCGUGUUCUGCCAGCUGUGCGAGUGAGACGGGUGGCUCAUGGAAGUCGGAAGGCUGGCGCGCGGGCCGCCGGGCGAAAGCCAGGAGGAAGCGAGGCUGAGCGGGAGGCGCCGGCGGUUGAAACCCGUGUCAGAACCGUUAGCAAUCUGCUCCAUGGUUUUCCUGAUGUUGGCGGCCACGAUGUCGGAGGAGGUGGGGGGCGCUGAGGCUGCCCAGAGCUUCGGCUACGGCGACGAGAAGUGCCACUACUACGCCGGGGGCGAGGUGUAUCCUGGCGAAGCAUCGCGAGUGCCCGUCAAAGAUCAUUCACUCCACCUCAGCAAGGCCAAGAUUUCUAAACCAGCACCUGACUGGGAGGGAACAGCUGUCAUCAAUGGAGAGUUUAAAGAACUGAAAUUAGCAGAUUUGGAAGGAAAAUACGUUAUUUUCUUCUUUUAUCCUCUUGAUUUUACAUUUGUGUGUCCAACAGAAAUAAUAGCAUUUAGUGACAGAAUUGAAGAAUUCAGAGCAAUUGAUGCUGAAGUGGUAGCUUGCUCAGUAGAUUCACAGUUCACUCAUUUAGCAUGGAUAAAUACACCUAGAAAACAAGGAGGACUUGGACCAGUGAAGAUACCUCUUCUUUCUGAUUUAACACACCAGAUUUCAAAAGACUAUGGAGUUUAUCUAGAGGACCAAGGACACGCUCUUAGAGGUCUGUUUAUUAUUGAUGACAAGAAAAUUCUUCGACAAAUAACAAUGAAUGAUCUUCCUGUUGGCAGAUCAGUAGAUGAAACCCUUCGUCUAAUACAAGCAUUCCAAUAUACUGACAAACAUGGAGAAGUUUGUCCUGCUGGCUGGAAACCAGGCAGUGAAACAAUAAUUCCAGAUCCUGCUGGAAAAUUGAAGUAUUUUGGUAAAGUGAACUGACUGCUUUCUUCUAAACAGACAACUUUCAACUAAACAUUAUAAAUAAAAUUUCCAUUAAUUUUG